ACGUUAGACUACAAAUACCUUGAUGCAGUACGCGGUCUCUGCGGUAACUACGACCAGCAGUCCAACAACGAUUUCGUCAUUCCUAAGAAUUGCAUUCUGUCGAACCCCGAAGAAUUCACUGCUACAUAUGCCUUGACUGAGGAAGACUGUCAAGGACCCGCUUUGCAGAACAAACGAAAAGCCGAACAAUCCACGUGCAUUUCCAAGUUAUAUCAUCCGAGCGAUGUCAUCAGUGAAAGAGAGGCGGGAAGAUCUUCGACCAGGAACAGAGGAUAGGACUAUUAUUAGAAAGCCGGUUCAAGAAAAGCAUCGUAAUAAUUGGAUUGUUUCAUUUCAAUGCUUACAAGAAUUCUAAGCCCGCAAAAUAGAGAUAAAAAAUUUAUAUUUUGCUAGAUAAUAAAUAAAAUUCCUUUCGAUGUCAAGCACAACUUGCGAAUCAAAUAAAAAUUUGGUUUAAGAAAACUGUCUGCAAAUCAAAAA